AUGCUUUCUGGCUCCUUAGCCGCAGUCACCUUCAACAACCAUAAUCACUGCCAUUCCAGGAACCAUCAUGGUGGCCAGCCACCGUUGGCAGCUGUGCCAGAGCACUUUAUGGUGUCGUUCUCUGGGGUCCAACGACAUUCGAAGCACCAUGUGCCGUUCUACGUCGUCCCAAAACCUCCUUUUGAUCCGAGAGACGAUCACACACGCCUGCACUAUUUCAAAAAUCAGUCACCGCCUUUGCUGUUUGUGGUUGUGCGUCUGGUAAACUUUUCGGCAAUGUUUUUACACACGAAGGUUGCAGUGCAAUCUGGUUCUAGAUCCAAUAUUUUUCUGUGUUCUAGAACAUGGUGA